CAAUGGUGGUGUUCUUCUAACGCACCGUAACUGGCACUGGGUCACCAUAAGGACCAGAAGAGAGCCCGGAUUCAUCUCGUCGUGGGCUAGAAGCAGGAGCAUCAUCUUAAAGACACUGAAGCACCCCUGAUCCAGCAUGCUGCCACCGAUGCUGUACCUUCUCAUACUGAUGCUUCGAGACAGCGAGGCUCAACAGACGUGCGAUGACGUCAGCAUCCUCGUGGAUCCCUCCGAGCUUGUGGUGGAAUUUGGACAAUCUGCAGAGAUCAACUGCAGCACCGGAAAAGAGAACGAUGUCAAGCUGCUUUGGAAGAGUCCAGAUGGCUAUGAACUGCAGCUAGAAAAUUAUUUUGUCACCUGGACUGUGACUAACAUAUCAGACUGGAAUCCACAACCUCAGUGUAUAAUAAUCACAUCAGAUGAACUUCGAUGUGGAAAAACACCCUCAAUCACCGUGUACAAGAAUCCAGAAAGUGUCCUUGUGUAUGACGUCAGCUACAGUUACCAGGGGUUGGAGGGGACACAGCUCCAUCUGCAGUGUGACGUCGACAACGUUGCUCCCAUACAAAAUCUCACAGUAACGUGGUACCAGGGGAAUGAAGCCAUCAAGACCGAUGGCUUCUCCCACGCCAACAAGAGCGAAACACCAACUAGCGAGUCCUCAUCUCUGAAACUCAACCUCACCAGAAAACACAACAGAGCUCAGUUCAGAUGUGAGGCUCAGCUGAACUUGGGACGACACGUUAGUGCGGUUUCAUCCGAGCCUUUUACAAAAUCUGUAGAAUAUAAGCCGGCGGUUGAGUGUCCAAGCAGUUUCACCGGUGAGGAGCAUAAUUUCACCCUGAACAUGAUUCGCUGCCAGUCUGAUGCGAACCCCCGUGCCAGUGUUGAAUGGUACCAUCGCGGCAGAAGGGCUAAUGCCUCGGUGCUCUUGAGCAGGACAGAUGCAGGAGAGUAUGACUUCGUAGCCAACAACAAGCAUGGCAGCGCUAACACCACUAUCACAAUUGUGGUGGAAUACCCUUCAAACUUCCCAAACUUGUUUAGCGAGGUAUUUGUGGAUAAGGGGGGCAACGCCUCACUGAGCUGUGAAGCAGAGGGUAACCCCGCCCCGGAGCUCCGGUGGUCCUAUGAUGCUGAGGGACACGAAAAUGUGGGCAACCAGAGCAUCCUGCUUGUUACUGGGGUGACCAGCAACACGACGUACUAUUGCACAGCCACCAAUAAACUAGGGAAGAAACGUAAACAGGUCUAUGUUCAUGUCGAGACCGCCACGACGGCAUCAACAUUGACCACUCCAGCUGCAGAUGUGAUGGCAGAGCCAGCUUGCCCUCUGAAGCUGGAGCCUAACACAGCGGUUGUGAGAUUUGGAGACCAAGUGUCAGUCAAAUGCAGCACAUCGUCCACACAGGCCGUUGGAAUGGGCUGGGAGGCACGGCUGGGAGGCAUAGCUUUCAAACAAAAUGUGACUUCUGUCCUGUGGGAAGUAGAGAAACUGGAAGACUUGACAAUCGAACCAGAAUGCUACGCUACUAUCCAUGGUAAACAGUGUUCAAAGAAGCUGCCAGUGAUUCUUUAUAAAAUUCCAGAUGGUGUGUUCAUAUCACAGUCGAAUCAUACUGGCCCGAUGGUGGAGGGGAUGAUGUACCAGCUGCGGUGUGACAUCAUCAACGUGGCUCCUGUGCGCAGCCUCUCUGUGACGUGGUAUCAGGGGAAGGAUGUCAAACACACAAAAACAUUUAAUUAUGCCACACCGAACUUUAAAAACAUGUCCUCUUCACUGAGUAUCAGUGCCAGUAGGAGUGGUAAUGGGACUCAAUACAGUUGCAAGGCUCAACUGAACCUAGGACCAGAAGGCCCGGCAACUCCCCCGACUGUGACUUCUUUGCCCUACACCACGAUUGUGCACUUUGAGCCUACACUUAUCUGUCCUGAUCGCUAUGAUGUUAAAGAGAAUGCUGUGCACAACCUUCCAUGUGUGACUGAGGGAAAUCCUGAGCCUCUUAUCACCUGGCUCAGAGAUGGAAAAGAGGUGUCUUUGCCAUCACAUGCUCCUGAGAUCCAUGAGCAAAACACCACUGUGGCAGUGGUCCGUGGCAGGAAUGUGUCCCUGGGCUGCUCUGCUGAGGGUAACCCCUCUCCUGACCUCCGCUGGAAAUACUCCCCCGCAGCUAAUAUAAGAGUGACCGAGGGGGGGCGCCACAAGAACAUUAGCAUCACAGCAGCCACGUCUACCAACGCUGGGACUUACAUCUGCGUUGCCAAGAAUGAACUUGGGAAUGUGACAAGACCCGUCACACUGAGGGUGGCGACAGGUAUUAUCACCGUCUCUGUGCAAAAUAGACACAGGAAACACAGGAGGAAAAGCAAUAACUGA